AGACCUACUGGGCCACAGGCUUACAAGAAGCCUACUUUACUUGAUUGUCAAACUCUUAAAGGGCCCAUGCAAAUAUAUAGUCAUGACAGUUGAUUCUGAUCAAGGGUGUAUAAGAGACAGGAAAAGUUACUUUGGGCUUGCUUAAUCACUUGCCAGGCUACUGAGUGCUUAGUAACAACCAUAAACAAAGCAACAGCUAAAGGGUUGGGGUGGAUGGAGUAGGGGGCAAAAGAAGAAAAGAAUUUUGAUUUUUUUUUAUUGAAAAGACCGUGAAUCCGUUGAAGACCUAAGGUAAAGGUUUCAGAGAAUAUUGGAUGCAGCACCGACAAAGCCUAACACAGGUGGAAGGAAUUCACUGAAUUGAGGUUUCCCCAUCCCCAACAACCGAUUUCCUCUUGAGUCCUAUUAACAGUAUUCAGGUGCUCAUCAACUGGAUUUCUUAAAGAUAUGAGUUGCUCCUCUGUGACUCUGGCCAGUGUUCUGCAAGUGAAAGGAGCAGCUUUAGAUGAGGAAGAAAUAUGGGCCCUCUUACUUCUGGCCACUGAAUGCAUUCUUGAAAAUCUCAACAAGGAUUCCUUUAAUUAUGUUGUCUGCCCCUGGUCAGCCCUGCUUUCUGCCAGAGGGACUGUGGCUUUCCAACACAAUGUUUCCCACUUGGAGGCUGCACCUUUCAAAGCCCCAGAAACACUUCAAGAACAGGGCAAAAUUGGUCAGCUUGAACUAUCUAAGAUGCAUGUUUAUUCAUUGGGAAUGACCCUGUACUGGUCAGUAGAUUUUCAAGUUCCUCCAAAUCAGCCUCUUCAGAUAAGUGAUCCAUUGCACUCCAUUCUGCUAAUGAUGUGUGAAGAUUUGCCCCACAAACGCUUUCCUUUGGAAUCUAUUUUGGAAGCGUGCAAUACCCAUCAGAAAGAGAUCGCCACAACUCCAGCCAACAUCUGCAUUAAGCGAAUGGUCAGACUCGUGCAGGGAAGCAUUCUGGAGAUGGAACAACUAAUAGUUGAAGAAAGCACAUCGAUCUGGCAGAAUAGAAGUUCUAAGAUAAGGAAAAGACUCCAGAAGCAAAGCGACCCUUCACUGUUGUCUUCCCAGCUGAACUUGUACCAAGUUUCAGAGAGAAAUUCACAGACAAGAAGUGAAUGGGAGCCUCACCUGAGCACUUUGGAGGAUAACAAGUACAAGCGCUUUAUUAACAGAUCAGCCAGCACCUCUAUGAAUGAGCUCUCCAUGGGAGUUCAAGACAACUGGCUCAGUUCAGAAUCCAUAUUCUCUGUCUCGGCCAAAAGCUCGUCCUCAGUGGACCCUUCUCGGAGGUACAUGUUCCAGAGGAAGGCAAAGUUUGCGAGGCCUGAAUUUAUCCUGUUGUCCGGAGAGCCGCCGGUGACCUUACCUCUGCACGGAUCCGUUGUGACAAAAAAGGGCAAAUCUUACCCGUCUCAAAGAGACCUUUAUGUAGUUCUGCUGAAUGGACAAUGCUUAGAGAUGAAAUGUGACAAGAAGUCCAAAACAAAAGAUGUCCUUGAUGCAGUUAUAGCCUAUAUGAAUCUGGUCGAACCCUUCUACUUUGGUUUAGCUUAUGUGAAAGGAAAUGAGUUCUUCUUUUUGGAUGAUGAGACUAAACUGUACAAAGUGGCACCAGAUGGCUGGAAUAACCAAUCCAAAAAGAAAACUUCCAUCGUCAACUUCACACUCUUUCUGAGGAUAAAAUUCUUCGUCAGCCACUUUAACACCAUCCAACACGACUUCACAAGGCAUCAAUUUUACCUGCAGCUUCGGAAAGAUAUUCUGGAGGAGAGAGUGUAUUGCAGUGAUGAGAUGUUGUGGCAGCUUGGCUCACUGGCCUUACAAGCAGAAUUUGGCAAUUAUACUGCAGAGGUGCAGGAUAGGAAUUAUUUUUGGAUUGAAGACUACCUCCCGGCGAGUAUGAUCGAACGAGUGACCGCAAGCUAUGCACAACAACAGAUCUCAGAGAUGCAUCGUCUCCGCUGCCCUCUCUUUGUAGACGAAGCUGAACUGGAAUUUUUAAAGAUGACCCAGCAACUUCCAGAAUAUGGAGUGCUCUUUUAUCGAGUUUUCCAAGAGAAGAGACUGUUAGGGGAGAUGAUUUUGGGGAUUUGUGCCAAAGGCAUUAUCGUAUAUGAAAUAAGAAACAGCAGCAGAAUUGCGAGCUUACGAUUCCAGUGGCAAGAAGCGGAGAAAAUUUACACCCACCGAAAGAAGUUCACUGUUGAGAGCCGCUUCAGUGGGAAAAAGCACACUUUUGUCACGGAUACUGCCAAGACGUGCAAGUAUUUACUGGACCUCUGCUCUGCCCAGCACAAAUUUAAUGCUCAGAUGGGCUCUGGCCACUUUUAUAGAGCCUCUUCAGAGGACCAUAAAUUCUUGGAAACAGUGCAGUCCAACUCCGCCUUGGCGUCUCGACAGGAGCAUCUGGCCUUGGUUCGGAGAUUGUCUCGCUCGGAAAAUGGGCUGUUGGGGUCCAAGAAGGAAACUACAUCCGCCAGUCUGAUGAGCAAAUCUUGUGAUAACCUCAGUGAAGGAACCGGUAAUGGGAUAGGAAAAGACAGCGAUGAAGGCAGUGCCUCUGUUGAACAAUCUGAGAUAUCACCUUCUGCAUCCAAGAAACAGAGAAAUUCUGACUACCUGGUUAUUCAGUCUGCCCAAAAACCUUUCAGUGCUCCAGGGACACCAGAUAUUAAGAGGGAGAACUUCUUAAGUGGACUGGAAAGAGAAAUAAUUUGUUUGACUCUUCAUCGAGACCCAACACAUGGCUUUGGUUUUGUCAUUACUGGAGGGGAAAAUGUAGGGAAACUGGACCUUGGGAUCUUUAUCGCUUCUGUUGUGCCCGAUGGACCGGCUGACCGAACUGGAAAGAUCAAACCAGGGGGUCGAAUAAUAGCCUUGAAUAACAUUAGUCUGGAGGGAGUCACGUUUAAUAUGGCUGUUAAAAUGAUCCAGACUUCUCCUGACAAAGUGGAAUUGAUUAUUUCUCAGCCAAGAGAUGCCUGUGAUGAGACAGCGCAUGAGAAGACUGGACAAAGGAAAGGCUCGGAGGUCUCCUGUGUAGACAGUGGGAUGUUCAGGCUUCAAAGCAGCAGUUCAUCACACUCCAAAGAGCAAGAAAUAAAUAUCGAUGAACUUGAAAUGUCUCUCUCUCGGAAUCUAGCCCCCGAUUUGGAACCUCAAGUUUCAACUCCAUCAAUUGACGGAAUCAACCUGAAGGAAGCAUCACUUGCCAACACAUACUCCGUGGAGCUGAUUAAAGAAGAAGGGACAUUUGGAAUCAGUGUGACUGGAGGUAUAAAUACCAGCGUGAAGCAUGGUGGUAUCUUUGUGAAAUCCAUCAUUCCUGGAGGACCAGCUGCCAAAGAUGGACAAAUUAGAAUCGGUGAUCGUCUCCUGGAGGUGGAUGGAGUCAGCCUGCGUGGGGUCACUCAUAAAGAGGCGGUGGAAUCCCUCAAGAGCUUGGGCCAGGUUGCGAGGUUGGUUUUAGAGCGAAGAGACCACAGAGCUGAGGAGCAGUGUCCAUCUGCUGAUGACAGAAAGGAAGAUGAAUGUGGUGCUGUUUCCUUGGCAACAACCUUGUUUGACAACCCCAGGGACUGUGUCUUAGUGACAGAUGAUAACACUUUUGAAAUCAACCUGACAAAGAACUCUAGUGGUCUGGGGUUCAGUUUUCUGCAGAUGGGAAGAGAGAGCUCGGAUCACCUCAGAAGUGACAUUGUGAGAAUUAAGAAGCUGUUUCCUGGGCACCCAGCGGAGGAGAAUGGAGAAAUGGAAGUUGGUGAUAUUAUCCUAGCAGUGAAUGGAAAGAUGACAGACGGUCUCUCAUACCAGGAAGUCCUUAACUUGUUGAGAGGGGCACCCCCGGAUGUCACACUGCGACUCUGCAGACCACCUAAGGGUGUCCUGCCGGAAGUAGACCAGGGUUUUCUGACUCCAAAGCCUUCAUCAGAUAAGGAGUUCAUAAAAGCAGACAGCACUUCCCCAGACUCUGGACGCAGUUUGGACCAAGAUAACAGUGAGAGGAACAGUUUCUCUCCAGACUUGGAGGAAAACUUGGAUACUUCAACAGCAUCUUUCCAUGAGACCAAUAUUCUGAAAGGAGAGGUUCAAGAACCAGAUGAAGAGAGACCUCUGAGUAGUCAUUUGCUUCAUCCUGAGGCCAUCCACGAUGAGCAUUUUUGGAGAUCUGAUAAAAAAACAGAGUUGCUCACUUCCCUGGAAGAGGACAUGAGACAAAACUGCUACUCAGUAUGUGAUAGCCAGGAUUCUGGAAGCUCUGAAUUUGACAGGAAUGAUUAUGAGGAAUUUGACACAAGUUGCCAGCCUGUAAUUCCUUCCCUCGACCCUGCUGGUGAGGAGAACUCUACAGUAGCCACCCCACUCUUUUACGGAAAACGUUAUGUCUCGUCUUCAAAGACCAUUCAUCUUCCAACGUUUGGUAUGCCUGACCCUUUAUCAGAGUCCCUGCUUAGUGAGGACUCUUGUAACAGUGAGAGCGAAUGGGAAGAAAGAGAGGAGGCUGCAGAUAAGGGAACCUGGACCACUUUGGCAAGAUCUGAAACGAUUAAUUAUGGCACCACAAAGGCACUGAGCAAACUGCACAACUGUUUGGACAGAGAGGACACUCUGCAGGAGUCUGCUGCUGUGGAUGGAGAUCUCAAAGACUAUGACAAACACAUUGAGCUGAAUGAAGAGGCUGAGACAACCUCCUUUGAUGAAGCCGGUGUAUAUACGAGCUUUUCUCCUUCUGCACUGAGUGCAGCAGUCAGUAAAAGCGAUCAAGACCUUCCAGCUUCUCUUAGACCUGAAGAUGUGCCAGAAAUAUCGCUUAUGAAAGACAAGAAUGGACAGCUUGACAAGGCAAACCCGUCAUUGCCAAAGGACAAUGUAGAGGUCAAUGGGAAUUCCGUGUUGGGUCAACCACAUAAGAUUGUUAUCGACUGGAUACACCAGGCCAGUGGCACUGUGAGGCUCACUGUCUGCAGAAGUGCAGACUUGCUUUCAUCUCACGCCAGCCAAGGGCUCAAUAUGCCAUCGCCAACUGGGCAAGCAGCAAACCCCUCUGGUAAAAAUCCAGAAAAAGAUGCCGCUGCUGAGAGGAGACUGAGUCCCCAAGAACCUCUGUCAUAUCCAAGCCGGUCUGAGUCAGCUAGCACAUCACAGUGGCAGGAAUCUGGAUCCAACCUCGAAUCAACAAAGGCGAGACUGUCUUCACUGAGACUUUUGCUUCCUAGAAAUGAUCAGGCUAUCCUCCAACAGAACUGCAGAAGUAGCUUGGACAGACAUGAAGACCACCGUACUUUCAGUAGCACCUCUAGUGUGCGGAUGGACGCUCAGGAGACAAGCUCAGAACAGUGGCUCAGUGAGGAGGAGAAAAGGACUCCAAGGUCGUCGUUUGGAUCCACAGGGACUCUGCUGGUUUCCGAGGAAGAAUUGGCUCAGAUGACACAGAUUAGGCCAACAGUAACCGGCGUUCAACUGAAGUCAAGAAUAAACACACUGGUUGCGACCAUUAAACAAAAAAUGGAGACACAAGAGAUCCACAAGGAGUUUAUGGCUCUAGAACAAAUGAAGCCACUUGAUGACUGCCACUAUGGAAAAGCACCAGAAAACAGAGAAAAAAAUAGAUACCAAGGUAUUCUUCCAUAUGAUGAAACACGUGUUCCUCUAGGAGAAGAGAAGGGUUACAUCAAUGGAAGUUACAUCAGAAUAGCAAUUUCAGGAGAAGAACUUUUCUAUAUUGCAACUCAAGGCCCUCUGGCUGGAACCAUAGAUGACUUUUGGCAAAUGGUUUGGGAGCAUCAGUCCAAUGUGAUUGCCAUGGUAGCUAAAGAAAAAGAGCAAGGAAUAGUCAAAUGCCAUCAUUAUUGGCCUGAUUCUCUCACUCAUUCUUUGAAGCUGAGGAACUUUCAUAUUAUGCUGGAGUGUUACCAGGUCUUGAAGUUCUUUAUAAUCCGACUGAUUAAAAUGGUUGAAAAGGAGACAGGAAAAGUGCACUUGGUAAGACACUUGCAGUUCAUCAACUGGUUGGACCACAGCACUCCCCAGAUACCUGAAUAUCUUGUGAAGUUUGUUCGUUACAUGAGGAAGGUUCACCGAACGGGGCCAAUCAUAGCGCACUGCAGCGCGGGCAUCGGCAGGACUGGAGUUCUCCUCUGUGUGGACAGUCUGCUGUUCGCUAUAGAAAGAGACUUGAGUUUCAACAUCAAGAACAUAGUAACUGAGAUGAGAAAGCAACGUUUUGGCAUGAUUCAGACAGAGGAGCAGUAUCACUUUUGCUAUAAAGUUGGGCUUGAAGUGCUUCAGCAGAUUCUAUACACCAAUCAAAGGUCAUCUUAAUAAGGAAUCCUCCUUUCACUCUUCAUCAUGGAGUUGCCAAAUGGCUCAAGGUCUCUCAUAAAAAGAAAUUUACUAGUCUUGGAGGAAAUGUGCCGUGAAGAUGUUGUAUUUUUCUUACUUUGUUCAUGUAGUUUGACCUCCCUAAAGAGCCCCUAAAUCAACGUGAUAUGAUUUGGGGUGAAUGAUGAUGCCCUAUUGGUCAAGUUAGAUGGUAUGAAAACAACCCUUCCAUCCCUGUGGGACAAAUAUUACAGAAAAGAACUGGCUACUGGCUAGACAGCUGGCUAAAAGCAUUACAGGGACCAAUAAAGAGUUUUAACUACA